CAAAGCAAAAUGAUCCUCACAACUUGCGCCGCCUGCGCCGCCCCACUGGCCCACGACGCGCCGCGUUGCGUUAGAUGUUGGACCCGCUACUGUGACUCGACUUGCCAACAUGACCACUGGCGCCGCGGUCACAAGCAGAUGUGUAAGAAAAUACACCGCGGCGGCAACGCGGAACAAUACCACGCCGACAAAAAAUACAAGGAGGCCGUCGCGGUCGCGGUCGAGGCGUGCGCCGACGACACGAAGGGCCAGACGUGCUACAUCUGCACCCAGGCCCUCCAUUGGAAGACGAAGGAGGGUCUCGUGCGCGGGUGCUCGUGCCGCGGGACGGCAGGGUUCGUUCAUGUGUCGUGUCUGGCGGAGCAGGCGAAGAUUUUGAUGGACGAGGCCGAGGAGAACAAUUUGAGUGGCAAGGUGAGGACUGAGAGGUUCCAUCGGUGGCACACGUGUCGUCUGUGCGAGCAACAAUACCACGGCGUCGUCUCGUGUGCUCUUGGGUGGGCGUGCUGGAAGACGUACUUGGGUCGACCGGAGGGGGACCAAGUUCGAAGUGGUGCGAUGACGACGCUUGGGAGCGGUUUAUGCGAUGCAAAACACUACGAGGAGGCGGUGUCUGUGCAAGAGGCCGAAUUGUCUAUGAUGCGGCGCCUCGGCGACUCAGAACACAUGCUCAUCACACAGGGCAAUCUUGCGAUGACGUAUCACGCAAUCGGACGUAUGGAAGAGGCACUGCGCCUGCGGCAGGAAGUAUACUCUGGAACAUUGAAGCUACAUGGCGAGGAACGUAGAGAAACCCUCAUAGCAGCCAACAACUACGCGACGUCCCUUGGUAAUCUAGAGCGCUGGCAAGAAGUCAACACGUUAAUGCGCGAUGCGAUUUCCGUGGCGCGACGCGUUCUCGGAGAGAAUGAUGAGAUGACACUCAGGAUGAGGUCUUUUUACGCCCGAACGCUCCAAGACGACGACGUCGCCGCCACCCUCGAAGAUCUCCGCGAGGCCGUGACGACACUCGAGGACACGGCACGGACCGCGCGGCGCGUGCUUGGUGGCGCGCACCCGACCUCAGCUUUGAUAGAGAGGGAACUGCGGAAUUUGCGAGAAAAGCUCCGUGCCAACGAGACGCCUGAAAAGCUCGCCCAGGAAGCUUUUCGUACGGCGCGCGCAAAGCUCGCCCAGGAGCGCGAAGAACUCGCCCAGACGCUCGCCGACUCGUCUGCGAAGCCAUCGCAGGAUGCAUAA